AUGGGAAACUUCACAAUCGUGAAUGGUCAAGUCUACACUCCGGGUUUGGCUAUUGUGGACUCUCCACAGCCUUACACCCCGUUAGGAGGAGACACCCUUCAGGUUGCGAUCGAUGUAUCAGGAGAUGGUCGUCUUUCUUGGCCACCAUCCACCCAAUCCGCAGACUCGCCUACUCUCUUCCACAGUAUCACAGUAUUCUUGACAUCCGAGUCGCAAUCGCACAAUUUCACCAUUUCUAACGGCACUAUCCCACCUACUAAUUCAUCGGGCUACGUUGGCCCUGUCCUUCAUCUUGAACCCUCCUCUACCGUCAAGCAUGUCAACUGGAUCUGGCCUGAAUGCUUUGUGGGGACUGGCACCGAUGACAAUUCUCGAGGAGAAUAUAACAUCUCGAUCCAUCAAUACUUUCGGUGGAAUAGUACCGACUACUACACUGUGUUCGACUUGCCUAUCUCAGUCACCAACAGCAUUUCCGAAAGCUCAGACAGAGUGGACUGUUCCUCGCUCGAAAACAAUAUGAUGACGGAAGAUCAGGAAAGUUCUAACUCCCUUCCAGGACAACCUUGGUUAUAUGGGAAUUAUACCAGCACUCAGAGUGUAUCUCCAACCUCUACCUCUACUAGUGCGGGGGUGCCAGUGGCUGUUCUCAGAAAAGUGGUCAUGGCGGCUGUCGGAACCGCCUUAUCCUGGAAUCUUAUUGAGGUACAUCUCAUUCUCCGCAGAAUAUCGGAAGCAGACCUAGAAACCGUUGACCGUGAUCAGCCGCGCCGAAAGGAACGGAUAUACAUUGCAAGUGUGAAUUGGAAUAGUGAGAUCAUCUUGCGGAGUCACUGGAGCCAGACGCUUUUGGAACUCGCCUGGAAGCUUGGCCCGGAGAACGUAUAUAUUAGCAUCUAUGAGAGUGGGAGUUAUGAUAAUACCAAGGAGGCAUUGCUGGAACUGGAUGCAGAAUUGGAGCGUCUGCAAAUUCCACGAACAAUAGUGUUGUCGCCGAUCACGCACGAGGAUGAAUUGGCUGCUACACCUGGAGAAGGUUGGGUCGAAACACCACGAGGGGAUAUGGCGUUGCGACGGAUUCCAUAUUUAUCGCGUACUCGAAAUCUCAGUUUACGGCCAUUGGAAGAGCUAGCAAAACAUGGAUUCACAUUUGAUAAAAUUCUGUUUCUCAACGAUGUUGUGUUCACGCCAAAUGAUGUCUUCCAGUUAUUAGAUACCAACGAAGGGAGCUAUGCUGCGGCAUGUUCUAUGGAUUUUGCCAAAGCUCCAAACUACUAUGACACAUUCGCUCUCCGUGAUGCCAGUGGCCACGAGGCCCUCAUGUCAACAUGGCCCUUCUUCCGCAACUCUGUAUCGCGCCAUGCGAUGAAGAACUUGCACCCUGUUCCCGUACAGAGUUGCUGGAACGGAAUGGUCGCAAUGCCUGCCGCUCCCUUUACAGCCAAUCCGCCACUACGAUUCCGUGGGAUCCCAGAUUCCCUCGCUACCUCACACCUCGAAGGCUCCGAGUGUUGCCUCAUUCAUGCAGAUAACCCAUUAUCCAUCCAAGAUGGUGUCUAUAUGAACCCCCUCGUCCGGGUUGGAUACAAUGGUCCGGCAUAUGUGGCUGUCAACCCGAUCACGAAUUGGCUAUCCGCCCGGUCCAUUUUGCAAGGAUUAUGGAUAAACAGAUUAAGCCGAUGGACUACAACAACCUGGCUGAAGGACAAGAUGGUCCAAUAUCGCAUGAAUCGCUGGACUUCUCUGAGUCCUGAGAACCGAGAACCCGGGGAUUUCUGUAUCAUUAAUGAGAUGCAGGUCUUACACCCCCAAGGAUGGGAUCACUUAUGA